GAUGUCUUCUGAUGUCCCUUGCGACAUUUCUUGAUGGAAUGCGCUGAGAACCGGAUUCUCGGCAUAGGUGCCGGCCUCUUCGCAGUGAUCCUCAUCUUCACCUUGAGCUUCUCAGCUGUUGCCUUGGUGUCCUGCGCCGCCAGGUCCUGCCGACAGAGCUCGUUCUGCCUGGUGCUGCUGCUGAACGUGGCAUUGAUUGGGCUUUUGGUAGCCUUGCCGAAGGGAUGUCGGCAGGUGGUGCAAACCAUUGGCAUCAACCGUCAAGGUCAGUUCUUGGACAUCGCUGUGGCAGUUGUGAUCAUUGGAGCCCUGGGAUCCACGGCGCUGGCAGCCAACGAAUUUCUGCUGCGCAGCACUUUGGCGGUUCCCCGGGAUGAACGCCUCGCGGGCUGGCGCUCCUCGUCCUGAGAAAACAAAAAAGGCUCGGGCACGUGGAUCGGAGAUCCAAAC